ACUCUCCGGUUGGUUUCUUCGCACGUUCGAAGCAAAACUCUUCUCUCUCUCUCUCUCUCUCUCUCUCUCUCUCUCUCUCUCUACCUGCGAAGCAAACAAGUUCUCCUGUUCAAAGCCUUUAAACACCAUUGAAGAAAUCUCAAUAUUCUACUGUGUUAAUCCCGAGGCCAGUUACAUCCAGCAAAUCAGAGAGCAAAGAGAUUAGGGAAAGAUGAAUAUCUUCAACAAGAAAUCCAAUCCUAAAGAGGCUCUUCGUGAGAGUAAGAGAGAAAUGGCAAAUGCUACAAGAGGUAUAGAGAAGGAAAUUGGGGCACUGCAAUUGGAAGAAAAAAAGCUGGUUGCUGAGAUUAAGAAAACUGCAAAAACAGGAAAUGAGGCAGCAACUAAAAUUUUGGCUCGGCAACUAAUCAGGCUAAGGCAACAAAUAGCAAAUUUACAAGGUAGUCGAGCUCAAAUGAGGGGCAUAGCUACUCAUACGCAGGCAAUGUACGCCCAAUCUUCAGUUGCUGUUGGCUUGAAAGGUGCCAGUAAGGCAAUGUCAGGUAUCAAUAAGGAAAUGGCCCCGGCAAAACAAGCAAAGGUUAUAAGGGAGUUUCAGAAGCAGUCAGCACAGAUGGACAUGACUACUGAAAUGAUGUCAGAUGCCAUAGACGAUGCCCUGGAUGAUGAUGAAGCUGAAGAUGAGACUGAAGAGCUGACGAAUCAGGUGUUAGAUGAAAUUGGUGUUGACGUUGCUUCACAGUUGUCCACAGCUCCAAAAGGUAAAAUUGCUGGGAAGAAAGCCGAGGAUGUCAGCAGUUCGGGCAUUGAUGACCUUGAGAAGCGAUUGGCAGCUCUGCGAAGUGCUUGAGCUGAAGAUCAAAACCAGAAAAUAUAUUCACCAACUGAUGUUUCAUGUUUGGAGCUACAAGUUGGAGGAUGUAGAUAUUUCCUUCCCCAUCCAUAUCUUCCAAUGAUGUUACUUGUUUGUAUGUAAUUAUCAUCCAGAGACUGUUUCAUUGGAUUGGUUUUUAUAUUGUGCAUAGUUAUGUUGCAAGUGACGAUGUCCAACAAUUGAGAAGAGGGAAAUUUUUUCUGGCCUGGUUUAACAUAACCCAGGUGACAUGCACACUCCCGUUAUGUGGAGGUUCAUAAAAAUGGUCAUCCAGUGGAAUCCAUUUUUUCUUCAUUACUUA